GGCUUGGAUAUUGAGGCAGGAUCUGAUGCUGCUGCUGCUGCUACUGCUGCCGCUUCGCUGUUUGCCCAUGAUAAAAUGAAAUGCCAGGAUUGGGCUACCUUCAGGGAGCGCCUCUCCAUCCUAUAAUGUAAGGCAGCCAGCAGUUGUGAAACCAAGGAGACGCUGCAUCCAUCAAGCAUCCAGAGGACCAGCCGUCGUCCAACAGGAGGGGAGGGAUCUCUCGUUUUUUAAAAUAGCCUUCUGUUCAGUGAAGAGAGGGUAUUGUCGUCAUCGUAGCCAUCCUUUUCCCCCCUUCUCCGACGCCCCCUCCUUCCUCCUCCGCCUCUACACUUGCUCUUCCCCCUCAAUCUGUGCCAGAGGCGCGCGUUGGAAUAGCAAACCUCCAUGUAUGACAAUUUGUACCUGCAUGGAUUUGAAGACUCGGAGGCGGGCUCAGCUGAUUCAUAUACUAGUAGACCAUCAGACUCAGAUGUCUCUCUGGAGGAAGAGCGUGACGUGCAGGCCCAGGUCCAGAGCCAGAGCCCAAGCCAGAGCCAAGGACCGGGACAGAGCCGACAGGAGCGGGAGCAGCAGGCCACCAUUCAGCUGGAGAGAGCCAAGACAAAACCUGUAGCAUUUGCUGUAAGGACCAAUGUCAGCUACUGCGGCGCUCUCGAUGAGGAUGUUCCAGUUCCAGCAACAGCCAUCUCAUUCGAUGCCAAGGACUUCCUCCAUAUAAAAGAGAAGUUCAACAACGACUGGUGGAUCGGACGCUUGGUGAAAGAAGGCUGUGAGAUCGGUUUCAUUCCCAGCCCCCUGAAGCUUGAGAACAUCAGGCUCCAGCAAGAACAGAAAAGAGGACGAGUCCAAGGUAAGUCUGGAGGGAACUCCUCUUCCAGUGUAGAGGAUGAGGUGUCUGCCUCUAUCCGACCCCUCAUAUCCUCUGCAGGAAAGCAGAAACAGAAAGUGACGGAGCACAUCCCCCCAUACGACGUGGUCCCUUCCAUGAGACCGGUGGUGUUGGUGGGACCCUCUCUCAAAGGAUAUGAGGUCACUGACAUGAUGCAGAAAGCACUCUUUGACUUUCUCAAGCACAGAUUUGAUGGCAGGAUAUCAAUCACUCGAGUCACUGCAGAUAUAUCUUUAGCCAAAAGAUCUGUCCUCAACAAUCCCAGCAAGAGGGCCAUUAUAGAGCGAUCCAACACCCGCUCCAGCUUAGCUGAAGUGCAAAGUGAGAUUGAGAGGAUCUUUGAGUUGGCUCGCUCACUUCAGCUGGUAGUGCUGGAUGCCGACACCAUCAACCAUCCGGCCCAGCUCCUCAAGACCUCCCUGGCUCCCAUAAUCGUUCAUGUCAAAGUGUCUUCACCGAAGGUUCUGCAGAGGCUUGUCAAGUCCAGAGGAAAGUCCCAGAGCAAACACCUGAAUGUCCAGCUUGUGGCAGCAGAUAAACUUGCUCAAUGUCCUCCAGAAAUGUUUGACAUCAUCCUGGACGAGAACCAGCUAGAGGAUGCCUGCGAGCAUCUAGCAGAAUACCUUGAGGCCUAUUGGAAAGCAACACAUACCUCCAUGGCGACGCCCCUAAACCCAUUGCUGGGACGCAACCUAGGCCCUACCACACUCACGGCAUACCCAACCAGCAUCUCUGGACUGCAGCAGAGCCAAAGAAUGCAACAGAGCAACCACGCGGGCGACCAUUCUACUGCGAACGAACGUCGCAACCUGAUGACAUCUGACGAGAACUACCACAACGAACGGGCGCACAAGGGACGCAACCGAAUGUCUUCGGGCUCGCAGCACAGCCGAGAGGCGCAGGACCCCUACCAGGACUACCAGGACCCCUAUCAGGAUGCAUACAAGCCACACCGCAACCGCAGCUCCCCGGGCAGCUACAGCCAUGACUCCCGGCAUCGGCUCUGAACGCACUUUUUGUCAUCACCAAGAUGUCCCAAAUUCCACCCACAAGUGAUCGCUGCCACAGAGCCAAGAUUGUCUCAACAUUUCCCUAUUUUCAGGGGGGUUAUUUGGGUAUUACACCUCCAAAGCAGUCACAAAAGUUCAUUUGCGUUUCAUGAUGCCCAGCCAAUUACUUGACCUUCACGCUCAGAAGACAUGAUGCCAUCGGCAGCGGUCACCCGGUGCUGAUGUGAUGUCACACCAGAUAGGAAGGAGGUCCACUGGACAGAGACCCCUUCCCUAACCAUGUAAAAACCCUCUCGCCUUUUAGCUUAUUGCAUGCUAAUAGAAGAUGAACGUCUGCUUCCUUCCUUCCUUUAAAGAUUUUUUUCAAUCUAUCCCUUAGGUCUGAUUUUCUUAAUCACUAGAUGUAGACAAGUGGUUUCAGGUGGUUUCGAAAAGAGGGUAUUGGCAAUUUUCUAGCGUGCUGCUAGUUUAAAAAAAUUGGUGCUUCACGUUCUUGAACUAUUUUGGUGAUUGAACAUUACUUCUAACAUGGCUUAGCUCUCGUAGAAUAUAGGGUCUUUGCUGCAAACAGGGCUGACUGAAAGGAGAAAAAAAUGUUGUUCAUUUCUAAUUAGUCCAAAAGCUCGAUUCAUACUAUUUGGUGAAGUUUUGAAGAGCCUCUGCUAGAUAAGUUCCAAUUUGAUAGAAUUUAAAGGAAAGUUGCUCUUUUUGUUUUGGCUUUUAGUGUUGUUUUAGUGAAUUAUUUCCAGUGAUUGGUUACGCCUGGCACUCCUCAGGUCCUUCCCAGACCCUCCCACUUCCAUAAGCCAAUCAGUUUCCUGCUUGCUAACCUGUGUCUUGUUGCAUUGUCUAAUCUCCUGCAUUUAGCUCCUGGUUUCGCCAUUUGUCAUAUUUUCGCGCACAUUUAUUAUUGUUUGUUUUUGUAAAUUUGUUGAAAAGUUGUAUUUAGUUUCACCUCUGGCUGUUCAUUCUACAAAUCAACUAAAAUAUUGAGAUGUUUAUGGAAACUGAUCAAUAUGUCUAUGUGGUAAGCUACGUUGCCCCUAAACUUGCGAUGCACAGUGACAACUGUUUAAGAAAGUGUUUGUGCUGUUUGUGGUUGAAUGACAGUGUGAUUGAACACACUGAAUAAGAAAGUGCAGAUGUAGCGAUUAAGGCACUUUAUGUUGUAGUUUUAUUGUAAACAUCCCUAAUAAUUUUGAGGAAAAUGAGUUCUAGAUGACCAACACUUCCAAACAAUGUAGUUGAGCCAAGAAAUUGGCUGUAAAAAAGUAAUUGAACUGAGUGAAUAAGUGACUUCUGUUGUUUGGGAUAAUUGAACGUUUAGUUCUGUGGAGGAAAUCAGACACGCACACAUACGCGCUAUUAUAUAAUAUAUCAUAUAAUAUAUAUAUAUAUAUAUAUAUAUAUAUAAAGUGGUAUGAAAAAGUAUCUGAACCUUUUGGAAUUUCUCACGUUUCUGCAUAAAAUCACCAUCAAAUGUGAUCUGAUCUUUGUCAAAAUCACACAGAUGAAAAUACAGUAUCUACUUGAACUAAAACCCCCCAAACAUUUAUCGGUUUUCAUAUUUUAAUGAGGAUAGCAUGCAAACAAUGACAGAAGGGGGAAAUAUAAGUGAGUGAACCCUCUGCCUAAGGAGACCUAAAGAGCAGUUGAAACCAAUUUUUACCAGGCAUUUUAAGUCAAAUGUGUGCCCAAUCACUGAUGUGUGGUUUAAUUCUGCCCUGUCCACUAUAAAACACACAUCUGGUACGAAUUGUCUUGAUGAGAAGCAUUGUCUGAUGUGUAUCAUGGCUCGGUCAAAAGAGCUCUCUGUAGACCUGCGAUCAAGGAUAGUUGAUUUUUAUAAAGCUGGGAAAGGAUACAAAACCAUCUCUAAAAGUCUGGAUGUUCAUCAAUUUGACAGUCAGAGAAGUUGUCUACAAAUGGAGAGAGUUUGGCACUGCUUCUCUCCCAAGGAGUGGCCGUCCACUAUAGAUGACGCCUAGAGUUCAGCGCAGAAUACUCAGAGAGGUAAAAAAAAAAAAGAACCUUAGAGUGUCUGCUAAAGACUUACAGAAAGCACAGGCACAGUCCAAUAUCUUUGUGCACACAUCAACUAUACAUAAAACUAUGGCCAAGAAUGGUGUUGAUGGGAUUGUUGCUUGUUUAAUGUUUGCAAAAAGGCACUUGAACACUCCACAGAGGUUGUGGCAAAAUAUUUUGUGGACUGCUGAUACCAAAGUUCAAUUGUUUGGGAGUAACAAACAAUGUCAUGUGUGGAA